AUGAAUUCAAAAAGUGCACUUUAAAGUGCAAAACCUACAAACAUCAAGCAACUGUAAAUGCUAUAGUUGCUGGUAGAGAGAGUGUAUAUCCCAUUAGAAUCCAAAGUAGAAUUGAGGACCACUCUCUAAAAAUUUACAAGCCAAAUCGAACAUUCGAGUCAAUAGGUACUCAUCUAAAUAACAAAUUCAGGUUUCAGGCACAAUUACAAUUGAAUUACCAGAUGUUGUUGAUUAAAUUGAUGAUGAAACUGCUCUUAAAAAUUAUGAACUUAUGGAGAAAUAUGAAGACUAUAUAGGAAAAUGGUCAUAAACAAUUAGACAGACUAUAUUAAAGGAGGCUAGUAGAAAAACUGAAAAGAAUUCUGCUUUGGCAGAUAUCAUGUUAUGGAGAUCAAGAUCAGCAAAUUUGAGUACUUUGUAUUAGCAACUUGUAACUGAAAUUCAUUGAUUUAUUAUAGUAAAACCCUAUUUUAGCUAAAGUGAGAUAGAGAUUGUAAACUUAUUUAGAAGAUAAUUAAUCAUCUGUACUUGAAUUUAAUGGUUAAUUUGCAGAAUUGACAAAAGCAUAAGCUGAAGCUAAAGAUAAUGUUAAAUUUCUAACAACACUUGAAAGAUAAUUUAAAAAUCUUGAUUAAGAUGGUUUGAAUGGAAUCAAAGAAACAUUACCUUCUCUAAUGAAUGGACUUAAAAUGGUUUGGAUUAUUUCUAGACAUUAUAAAGAAGGAGAUAAAAUGUAGAAUCUAUUACAAUUGAUUUCAGAAGAAAUAGCUGAUAAAGUAGAAUCUUAAAUUAAAAUACCAUAAUUAUUUACUCUUAGAGAUGAUUUACCUUAUGAAUAAUAAUUAGAAACUAGCAUCAAUCUAAUAAUGCAAGGUUCUGAAAUUCUCAAAUCAUGGAAAGAUCUUUAUCAUAAGACUAAAUUAGCAAUUGAAGAAGAAAAUCUUGAUCGUUGGGAUUUUACUGUCAGAACUAUUCAAGAAAGAAUUGAGUAUAUGGCUAAUAGAUUAGAUGAAUUGAGAAAAGUAAUAGACACUGUUAGAAAAUUCUUAGUAUUUUUGGGUCCAAAUUUAAAGAAAGUCACAGGAAAUGCUUAAGAAAUAGAUAAAAGAAUUGAAGAUGUUAAAUAAUUGAUUACUCCUAUUGUUAAUAGUCCUUACAAUUUCUUUUAAAAGGGCAAUGCUGGUUAAUGGAAAACUAUUUAUUAAAAAUUUUAAGAGAAUCAAAAAUAAAUUGUUGUAAAAACAAUUGAAUUAAUAGAUGAAACAUUUAAAUCCUUAAGAUCAGCAGAAGGAGCUUUUGAUUUAUUAUAAAAUUUUAAAAGCAUUGAUACAUUAGAGGAUAUCAGUACAACUUUAUAGAAAAAAUAUUAGGAAGUGUUAGUCUAAUAUAGAAAUGAAUUAAAAUAAAAUCAAGGCUUAUUUGAAAAAGGAUAGUAAACAACUGAUGUAUCAUUGAUAUCAUCAAAAAAUCGUCCACCUGUAGCAGGAUCUAUAAGUUGGGCAAGAUCGAUAUUUUAUAGAGUUAAAAGACCUGUUCUUAAAUUUAUAACAAGAGAAGAAACUUUUAUUGAAAAGAAAGAGGGAUAAGAUAAAUAAGAAAAUAAAGAGAGUAAGAAUCCUAAAGAUUUGGGAUCAUAUUAUAAUGAAGCAAAAAAUGAAUACAGAACGUUGGCUAAGAAAUUAGAUUAAUUUUAAAAGGAAAAGUUUGAAAGUUGGGAAAAAUCAAUCACUGAAAAAGCAUUGCAAUAUCAAAAAAAUAGGAUUUUAACAAAACAUGAACAACCUAAGGAAGAAGGAAGUUGGAAUCGUCGUUAUACAGUUUUCUUUUAGGAUGAAUUUAAGACUUUAAUAAAGGAAACAAAAUAACUAGAAAAAAUGGGAUAUAAGAUCAAUUAAACAACUAUUAAUAUUUCAAAAUUAGAAAAAGAAUUUUAUGGUUAUAUUGAUAGAUUAUAAAUAAUGUUAAGAGAAUAUGAUGAAGCUGUUCAUACUUUAUAGCCAAUAGAAAAAGAAUUGUUAAAAGAAAAGAUCAUGAAAUUAAAUAGAGCCUUGGAACCUGGACAUGAAUUUUUGAAUUUGGCAUCUUUGGGAAUUCCAGAUUAUAUUGAUAAUUGCCUUAAAGCAAUUAAUGAAUUUAGGGAUAUUAAGAAGAAAGUUAGAAAAUCUACAGGAAUGAUUGAAGAUAUAGUAAAAUCAAUUGAAGAAGCUUAAAUUUUAAGAGAGUAUGAUUUUGAAACAAGAAAAGAAAAUGCAUCUUUACCUUAGUUGAAUGAAUUCUAAAAUUAUUUUGAAGAACAUCUUAAUAAAACUAUAGAGGAAUUAGUAGAGAAAUAUAAAUUAGUAGGGGAUAAUUUCUUAAGAAAUAUUGAAGAAUCAAUAUUCAAUAGUUCAUCAAAAGGUGAACCAAGAAUGAGAGAAUAUUAUUACUAUUGGGAAAGAAGAAUAUAUAAUGCAUUAGUUAAAAUGACUUUAAGAGGUUUUUUAACUUUUAAAAAUUUAUUAUAACAACCAAGUGGAAAAUAAGUGCCAUUAUUUUAAAUUACUGCAGAGUAUAAUCAUCCUUAAUUAAAUACUAUUCCUCCUAUUCCAGAGGUCACAACUGUUUUAGAAAAGAUUUCAACAAGUAUUAAGGAAGCUUCUUAAGGAUUUUGGAGAUGGAUGGAUGGAUAUUGUAUUUUCUGUGAAAAGAAGUAGAGUCGUAGUGCAAAUGAAGAAAUACAAUAUCAUACAUUCUAUAGUUAAAUAAUAAGAAAUCCAAUAAUUACUAGAAUUGCUAUGUAAAUUGGUAUUAUAAGAGAGAAGGCUAGUGAUAAAGUUAAUAAUUUUAAGGAAAUGUGGGAAGAUGAUAAAAAGAAGCCUUUAUGGGAUUAAAAGGCUAAGCAUGCAGUUGAGAAAAUAAUAGAUAAAAAUCCAACAACUUUAUCUUUAGAAAUAAUGAUGAGCAAGUAUAAAGGUUUGAUUUAAGAUUUUGAAGAGUAUCCUAGAGAGAGAAAAGCCUUUUUUAUUUCUGAAUAUUUUGGAAAUGUAAUUGAAGGCUUCAAGGCACAAGCUAAAGAUUGGAUGGAUAAACAUGGAAUAGUGUUAAAGACUUUGGGAUUAAGAGAAUUAGAAGCAAUUAAGAAAGAGAUUGAUGAUUAUAGAGAAUAAUUAAUGGUAUAACCAAAGGAUAUUGAAGAUUUAAAGAAACUUCUGAAUUUAAUUUAAGAAAUAAAGAAUAUGACUAUGAAUAUGGAAUUUAAAAUGGGUGAUGUAACAGAAAGGUUUAGAACCUUAAAAAUGUAUUAAUAAAAUGUAGAAUAAGAGAAAUUAGAAGAAGCAUUUUCUUUGAAUGAUAGAUGGAAUGAAUUAGUUAAUCAUGCAAAGAAGAAGGAUUCAAAAUUAGUUGAAAAGAAAAAGGAGUUUGCUGAAGUUACAAAAAAGGAAGUAGAAUAAUUUAAAGAAAAUAUCAAAUUACUUUAUAAAGAUUUUAAAGCUGGUGGUCCAGGUGCUGAGAGUACUUCAUUAGAUAAGGGUUUGGAAUCUCUAUAAGAAUAUAAGACUGUGGUUUCUGAGUUGAAUGCUAGAAGAGAGGAAUUAGUUAAGGCAGAAAAACUAUUCAAUUUACCAAUAUCUUCAUUUCCUGAAUUGGUUGCUAUAGAAGAAGAAAAUAAAGUGUUAUCUGUUUUAUAUGAUUGUUAUAGAACAGUUAAAAAUUAGAUUUAAGAAUGGUCAGUUAUGCUUUGGGUAAAGUUAGAUGCUGAUUUACUAAAAAAUGGUGCUGAUAACUUUGAUAAGUAAAAGAAGAAAUUAGCAAAAUAAUAUGAAAAGAAUACAGUUUAUGAGAAAUUAGCAAAGAAAAUCACUGAUUUUAGGGAUUCAAUUCCAUUAAUAUAAUAAUUAAAGAGUGGAGCAAUAACAGACAGACAUUGGGAGAAAUUGAUGAAAGAAACAGGAGUUAAAUUUGAGACUUCAAUUAAAAGUAUGACAUUAGAAUAAGUGUUUGCUUUAAAUUUGGCAAGAUUUCCAGAAAAAGUUACUGAAAUUUGUACAGAAGCUAAUUAAGAACAUAAGAAUGAAGAAGAAAUCAGUAAAAUUGAAUAAGCUUGGAAAACAGCAAGUUUUAUAAUUGAUAAAGAUAAAAAAGGAUUCUAAGUCAUAAAAACAGUUGAUGAAAUUAAAUAAUUGUUAGAAGAUUAAUUAGCUAAUUUAUAAACAGUUUCUAGUAGUAAGUAUGUUGCAGCAUUCAUUUCACGUAUCAGACAUUGGGAAUAAGCAUUAAAUAGAAUAAGUGAAGUAAUAGAUGUUUGGUUGUAAGUUUAAAAGAAAUGGUAAGAUUUAGAGGGUAUAUUUAUGGGUUCUGAAGAUAUUAGAUAAUAAUUAAGAGAAGAUUCAAAGAAAUUUGAUUAAAAUGAUAAAGCCUAUAAAAAGAUCAUGGAAUCAACUGCUAAAAAUCCAAAUAUAUAUGCUAGUUGUGUUGUUAAUGAUGGAAGACUUAGUGAAUUGAAAGCUUUGUCUGAUUAAUUAGAUAAAAGAUAAAAAUCCUUAUCAGAUUAUUUAGAUACUAAGAGAAAUGUAUUCCCAAGAUUUUAUUUCUUAUCAGAUGAUGAUCUUUUAUCAAUAUUGGGAUCUAGUGAUGUUUCAGCUGUUUAGCCACAUACAUUGAAAUUAUUUGAUAAUUGCAGAGAAAUGUUAUUAUCCAGAAAUAAAAUGGUUAUUGGUAUGGCAUCUGAUGAAUCAGAAGAGUUUUCUUAUAAAGAACCAUAGAAAACUGAUGGUCCAGUUGAAUUAUGGAUGACAAGAGUUGAUGAAGAAAUGCAAUCAACACUUAAGAAAAUGACAAAAGAAGCUACAUUCCAUUAUGCAAAUAAAGAGAGAGUACCUUGGAUUCUAAAUCAAAUUGGUAUGAUAUCCAUAGCAGGUACUUAAGUUUGGUGGACUUGGAGAGUAGAAGAUGUAUUUAGAAAAGUUAAGGAAGGUAAUAAAUAUGCAAUGAAAGAUGAAUUAAAAAAAUAAACAAAAGAUUUAGAUGAUUUAAUUGAUUUAGUAAGAACAGAUCUUAAAAUGAUUGAUCGUAUUAAAAUUAAUACUUUAAUUAUUGUUGAUGUACAUGCUAGAGAUAUUGUUGAUUUCUUUGUUAAAGAUUCAAUAUUAGAUGCUAAAGAAUUUGAAUGGGAAUCUUAAUUAAGAUUUUAUUGGGUAUUGGAAGAUAAUGACAUAAGAAUUAGAUAAUGUACAGGUACUUUUACAUAUGGAUAUGAAUAUCAAGGAUUGAAUGGAAGAUUAGUUAUUACUCCAUUAACAGAUAGAUGUGUUAUGACAUUGACAACUGCAUUAACAUUUAAAUUAGGAGGAGCCCCUGCUGGACCUGCAGGUACUGGUAAAACUGAAACAGUUAAAGAUCUUGCAAAGUCUUUAGCUAUAAGAUGUUGUGUAACAAAUUGUGGUGAAGGUUUAGAUUACAAAGCUAUGGGUGUUAUUUUUAGUGGUCUAGUAUAAACAGGAUUUUGGGGAUGUUUUGAUGAAUUUAAUAGAAUUACAGCUGAAGUUUUGAGUGUCGUAAGUGUUUAAAUCAAGACAAUACAAUAAGCUUUAGUGUAAGAUAAAAAGACAAUAGAAUUAUUGAAGAAAGAAGUGCAAGUUAAAACAACAGUAGGAAUAUUUGUAACAAUGAAUCCAGGUUAUGCUGGUAGAACUGAAUUACCUGAUAAUUUAAAGGCUCUUUUUAGACCAGUUGUUAUGGUUGUACCUGAUUCUAAUAUUAUUUGUGAGAUUAUGUUGAUGAGUUAGGGAUUCAAUUCAGCCAGAGUUUUAGCUAAAAAGAUGACAGUUUUAUAUAAAUUGGGUAGUGAAUAAUUGAGUAAACAAUACCAUUAUGAUUUUGGUUUGAGAGCAUUAAAGAGUGUGUUAGUUAUGGCAGGUUCUCUUAAAAGAGAGGCAGCUGAUCUACCUGAAGAUACUGUACUAAUGAGAGCACUUAGAGAUAUGAAUAUGCCUAAAUUCAUAUUUGAAGAUGUUCCAUUAUUUUAAGGAUUGAUUACUGAUUUAUUCCCUAAAAUUGAUGUUAAGAGAAAACCAUAUGAAAAGAAAGAUAAAAUCUAAGAGAUUGUUGAACAAUUAGGAUAUCGACCAUUAGAUGAUUAAAUUGAUAAAGUUGUUUAAUUAUAUGAAACUAUGUUGACUAGACAUACAACAAUGGUUGUAGGACCAACUGGAUCAGGAAAGUCAGCUGUUAUAGAAAUCUUAAAAAGAGUAGAAAGUGCUACCUAUUAUUGUAUUAAUCCUAAAUCUAUAACUGUUAAUGAAUUAUAUGGUGUAAUGGAAAUGACAACUAGAGAAUGGAAAGAUGGAAUAUUAAGUAAGGUUUUCCGUAUUGCAAAUGAAAAACCAUCUGGUUAAUAAGAAGUUCAUUAAAGAUGGAUUUUAUUANGGUAAUAAAUAUGCAAUGAAAGAUGA